UGGUUGGAGAGUUUAAUGUAACCUCCACUCUUUUCAUUCACCUUUUCCUCGUUACAUACCUCAAUAUUUAAUCAACCAAACCCUACGCUCCUCCCUCCUAUAAAUUCUUCCUCCCCUCAAUUAAAAUUCCAAUCCAUUUUCUCUCUUUUUCUCUCAAGAUUUUCAGCGAUGGCCCAGCUGCUUGAUCUGAAAGAUGAUCUAGACAUUGUGAUUCCAACAAUCAGAAACCUUGAUUUCUUGGAGAUGUGGAGGCCUUUCUUUCAGCCAUACCACCUCAUCAUUGUCCAAGAUGGUGACCCCUCCAACACCAUUGCCGUCCCUAACGGCUUCAACUACGAGCUUUACAACCGCAAUGAUGUGAACAAGGUCCUAGGUCCCAAGGCCAGCUGCAUUUCUUUCAAGGACUCCGCUUGUCGCUGCUUCGGUUUCUUGGUUUCCAAGAAAAAGUACAUCUUCACCAUCGAUGACGAUUGUUUUGUGGCGAAGGAGCCUAGUGGGAAGGAGAUAAAUGCUUUGUCACAGCACAUUAGGAACCUGCUGACACCAUCAACCCCAUUGUUCUUCAACACACUCUACGAUCCGUUUGCAAACGGGGCGGACUUUGUUCGCGGGUACCCGUUUAGCUUGAGAGAAGGUGUGCCUACUGCUAUUUCUCACGGCCUUUGGCUGAAUAUCCCUGACUAUGAUGCCCCAACUCAGCUAGUCAAGCCUCUUGAGCGCAACACCAGGUAUGUGGAUGCUGUGAUGACAAUCCCCAGAGGCACCCUUUUCCCAAUGUGUGGGAUGAACCUGGCGUUCAAUAGGGAGUUGAUAGGUCCAGCCAUGUAUUUUGGGCUCAUGGGUGAUGGCCAACCCCUUGGUAGAUAUGAUGACAUGUGGGCUGGCUGGUGUGCCAAGGUGAUUUGUGACCAUUUGGGUCUAGGAGUUAAGACAGGACUGCCAUACAUAUGGCAUAGCAAGGCAAGCAACCCAUUUGUGAACUUGAAGAAAGAGUACAAAGGAAUAUACUGGCAAGAAGAUAUGAUUCCAUUUUUCCAACAAAUUGUGCUCCCAAAAGAGUGCAAAACUGUCCAAGAUUGCUACAUUGAGCUUGCCAACAAGGUGAAGGAAAAGCUUGGCCCUCUUGAUCCCUACUUUGAGCAGCUUGGGGAUGCCAUGGUUACUUGGAUUGAAGCCUGGGAUGAGCUCAACCCACCGCCUGAAACAGCAAACUAAUUUGGCUCAAUCAAAUGGUUUUAUAUGAAAAAUCAUCCAAAUUGCUAAAAUUUACUAUUGAGUUGUUAUGAGUUUUUACUGUAUUAGUAGGUAGUGAUGAUCACAUUACCCGUUUUACUGUACUAAAAUUGUUCCUAUAAAGUUGUUCGAGUUGAAAGAGUA